AUGACUCCACAACUAGUCAAUGCUGGAAAGAUUCGCUUACACAAUCAAACUGAUUCUGCUGAGCAGCACUUUGAGAACCUCCAUAGACAAUACGCUGAUGCAUUGCAUCGUUUACGGUCGCAUGUGGACGAUGCUAUUGACACUCAUGAAUUCGUUCGUGCUAGUGAAAACGCAAUGCGUCGCUAUACUAAUCGUUGUGAAGAUGCUAUUGCUGACAACUACCCACAGGGUAUGGUCGACAAUACUUCUCAGAUUGCUCGUCUUGGCAACCGUGUUCUAAUGGCAGCUCAAAAUGAAGCUGAAAACUCGGAGGAACCAGCGUAUUGCGAUCGGGUAAACAGUGCGGCGAACCAAGUGCGCUCUGCUAUUCCUCCAAUGGUUACACAAGCGAAACAAGUAGCAAUGAGUCCUCGCGAUACUGGUGCUGCUAAUGCUUGGCGUAGCGCUAACGAUCAUCUUUUGGAUUCUGUUAAAGCUGUUGGUGAUGCCAUAGCCGGAAUUCAAAAUGGCCGACAAUCAGCGUAUCAGGAUAGUCUGAGCAGAGCUUCACCAUACCAACCACCACAGGCAAAUAUCCCAUUGUUUUGUACUUCACCUUUGAAUUUUCAGCAGACAUCUCAAGUACUACGUACAGUGCCUCCACAAGCUCCUACACCACCUGUGAUUCACAAUAAAAUGAUUAUCCGUGAGGAAAUCCCAGCACCACCAAGACCACCACCACCAGUUGAGAUCAGUCCACCUCCACGACCACCACCACCGCCAGAAUAUGACGAUGAAGAAGAGACGAGAGCGUUUUGGGAG